AGCUUUACUUGGUUUUCAUUUUCCCAGAAUCUAAUCGAUUGGAAACAUCGACUAGACCGCCAAUCCGGCAACGCCCGGGCAUUUUGCGUCAAAAUUUUAAGUAGCGCCGCAGCUGAUUUUUCAGCCGCAAACGAAGUUUGAGCAAACAGUACACAAUGUCAGUCGCCGACACCAUCGAAUACGUGACCCUUGGCAAUCCUGUCAGCAAGAUGGUAGCCUCGUCCGCAUCCGCCCUGCUCCGCACCCUUGGUCUGCGUCCCAAGAAGGUGCCCGUGCAGGAGACGAGCAUGGCGCUACUCCCUUCCGCGCACAGCUACGUGCAUCCACACGGAUCGCUUUACUGCCUGGCCGGCAGCCACUACCACUUCGUACGGCUGGCCGGGAUCAGCGGCGCGUCGGCCAUCUUUAUGGGCGCCUACUGCAAGUAUGUCCUGAAGGAUGUCAGCGACCCCAAGGAGCAGGUGGACUCACAGGCCUUUGCUGAUGUGGCCAAUCGCAUCCACUUCCUGCACUCCUUUGCCAUGAUGGCCAUGCCUCUGGCCCAUUAUCCGGUAUUCACUGGGUCUUUGAUGAUUAUGGGCACGAUGCUCUUCAGCGGCUGCAUGUACUACCGCGCCUUGACUGGCGAGAAGCGGCUGCAGCCAUACGCGACUGUCGGAGGAUUCUGCCUAAUGGGCGCGUGGCUUUCGCUGGUCCUGUAGGAUGCUAGGAGGGAAGUCUACCUAUGUAUAUCUUAUGUAGCACACGCUAAACAACAAUGCAGUGCAGAGGCAAAUUAAGCUAAGCCAACUCAAAUAUACAACAUCAGCUAAA